GCUGCGGAGCGCGCCGCCCGCCCCGUGCCGCCUUGCGCACGCGUAGCAGAGACGGGCGCUGAAAUUCAAAUCUGAAGAGCGGUUGGGGUGGUGGUUUUGCCACUCUCGGGGCGGCGUGAGGGAGCGCACGGAGCGCGGCGGCGGCAGCAACGGCAGCGAUGGACCCCUUCACUGAGAAACUACUUGAACGAACCCGUGCCAGGCGAGAAAACCUGCAGAAGAAAAUGGCUGAGCGACCUACAGCAGGAGCAAGACCCACAGUGCAGACCAAGAGGGUCAGGGAGCCUUUGUUAGAAACUAGUAACCAGACACCUCUGCCUGGUGAAGAAGUGAAAUCUAGUACAAAGCCAUCACCAUCAAAGAGGCUCUGCUCUAACAGUAUGGAGGCUCAAGUUUCCAGUUUAGAGAACAGACAGCCAGUUUCUUCAAGUUCCACAAACCAUCAUUCUCCUGAGAUGACUUCAGAGUUGCGUGUAGCUGCUUCUAGCAGGACUCCAUCAGUUCAGUCCCCUGAGAAAGGAAAACCAAACGCUAAAUCGGAAACUCCUGCAGCCCUUUCAGUCAAAACGCGUAUGCAGAAAUUGGCAGAACAGCGACGUUGUUGGGAUAGUGAGGAUCCUUCUGAAUGUGCUCAUUUGUCUCCCCUCCACUCAAAAGACUUGUCUGUUUCUCCACCUAAGCAGCCAUCUAUUGCCCUGGCAAGUGAUACCCCUAUUGGGAGAAGAGGCCGUUUAGCUAACCUUGCUGCUACAAUUGGUUCCUGGGAAGAUGACCUAAGUCAUCCAUCUGCAAAGCAAAACAAUGCACAAGAACAGCCUGGCACUACUUGUUUAUCCAAAUUGUCCACUACAAGUGGAGCAUCUGCUAGAAUCAAUAGCAGCAGUGUAAAGCAGGAAGCUGCAUCCUGUUCUCAAAGGCUUGUUGAGGCUUCUAUUAAUAAACCAGCAACCUCAAAGAUAUCGGAUCCAAAUAAUUUCUUAGAAAAAUCCUCAAGAGACGCCGUUCCCAGUUCUAAGGAAUCUGAAGUACCACUCCCACUAACAGAGAAUCCCUGCAGUCCUCAGAAAACUGAAGAACUUAAACAAACAGUAAAAUCAACUUUGUCUCAACCAGUUCAAUCCAAAAAAGGGCUAGUCAAAGGAACACAUGUGCAACUUGAACCUCAGGAUAAACCCACAACACCAGGGGGAUUGGGAAUUAAGCCGUUCUUGGAACGUUUUGGAGAGCGCUGUCAAGAACAUAGUGCACAGAGUCCUGCUACGAAUACUACAGGGUACAGAUCACCCAUUGUUACCCCAAAUACAAGGACAAUCCAGGAAAGGCUUCUCAAACAAAAUGAAAAUUCCUCUACUGCCAGUUUAGCGCUUCAGCUUAAGCAGGAACGUGAACGAGAACUUGCAUGUAUUCGUGGCCGGUUUGAUAAGAGCAACCUGUGGAGCGCAGAGAGAAGCGAAAGUUCAAAGAGAAAAAUUACAGAAGCUACAAUGGAAAGCCAGUCUCAGGCUAGUCCAAACCAUCCUCCUAGUUCAGAUGCCACCACUUCUGGAUCAGCAGAUGAUGCACUAGCAGAUGAUAAGCCAGCAGAGUCUCCUAGUGUGGAAUUUUCAGACACUGCUAAAUGUGAAGAGACUGAUAAACCCAGUCCUUUGAAGAUCAUACUGAUGAGCCCUGAAAAAGUGAUGUCUGUCUCAAAACUUCAACAACUUGAUGUGAAACAGAAUGAUGAAGUAUGUGAAACUGAAAUGAGCGUGGAUGAUGAGCUGAAUAGCUCAAGAGUGAUAAAUGAAAUUUUUGAAGUUCUUCAAGAGGAUGGUCCAGACAUAGAAAAACUAAAGAAAGAAAUGAGCAUGAGCCUGGAAGGUGAAAGUGAUGAGGAUGAGCAGGAGGAGUCGCUAAAUAUUUCAUCAAUGUCUCUGUUAACCCCUUUAGUGGAAUCUGUUGGUCCAGAGGCCUUUAUUUCCCCUUCUAAGUCAGUUGGUGAGGACAGCAGUGUCAGCGAUGCAAGUCUGAAGUCUGAAAAGUUCCAGAGGACUAAAGUCCCUAGGGCAGAGUCUGAAGAUAGUAUUGGCUCUGUGUCAGAAGAUCGCAACCUCCUAUAUAGUGUUGAUGCAUAUAGAUCUCAGAGGAUUAAAGAAACAGAUCGUCCUUCAAUAAAGCAAGUCAUUGUUCGCAAAGAAGACGUUGCUUCCAAACUAGAAAAGAAAAAGAAUGGCCUAUCUGAUCAAGUCAAUAUUAAAAAGAAAAUGCAGGAGCUGAAUAAUGAGAUCAACAUGCAGCAGACAGUAAUUCAUCAAGCCAGCCAGGCACUGAACUGCUGUUUUGAUGAGGAACAUGGAAAAGGGUCACAAGAAGAAGCAGAAGCAGAGAGACUACUUCUCCUUGCAACUGAAAAGAGAGCUGCUUUAUUGGAAGAACUAAAUAAAGUGAAGAGUGAGGGACCUCAGGGUAGAAGAAAUAAAGCUACUUCUACAUCUUCUGAAUUUGCUCCAUCCAGGGGAUCUGUUACCAUUUCAGAAAUGCGUCUACCUCUAAAAGCAGACUUUGUGUGUGGUACAGUUCAGAAACCAGAAGCAGCAAAUUACUACUAUGUAAUAAUAUUGAGAUCUGGAGCAGAAAACAUGGUUGCAACUCCCUUAGCAAGCGCUGCCAGCUCCCUGAAUGGAGAUGCUCUUACUUUUACUACAACAUUUACUAUGCACGAUGUGUCCAAUGACUUUGAAAUAAAUAUAGAAGUUUACAGUUUGGUGCAGAGAAAAGAAGUUACAAGCACUGAUAAAAGGAAAAAGGCAAAUAAAUCUAAGGUUAUUACUCCAAAGAGAUUAUUAACAUCUAUUACCUCUAAGAGCACCCUUCUUACCCCAGCCAUGGCCAGUCCAGGUGGUCCUAAUGCUGUGCGCACUACUAACUUCAUCCUUGUUGGAUCCCACAAGCUAUCGUUGUCUUCAGUAGGAAAUAGUAAAUUUGCAUUGGACAAGAUAAAUUAUGAAGGGGAGGAAAGAGAACUAUUGGGCUAUAUGUUCCAAGACAAGGUUGCUAUGGUUCCCUUUCUGUCUCCUUUGGAAGGCGAUAUAUAUCUAAAGUUAAAAUGUCAAGUGGACUCUUCUGUAGAAGAGAAAGGGUUCUUGACUAUGUUUGAAGAUGUUAGUGGAUUUGGAGCAUGGCAUAGGCGCUGGUGUGUACUCUCUGGAAACUGUGUAUCUUACUGGACAUACCCAGAUGAUGAAAAACGAAAGCAUCCUUUGGGCCGGAUAAACUUGGCUAACUGUACUAAUCGUCAGAUUGAACCAGCCAACAGAGAGUUCUGUGCCCGUCCCAACACUUUUGAGCUAAUAACUGUCCGCCCUCAGAGGGAAGAUGACAGAGAGACUCUUGUCAGCCAAUGCAGAGACACGCUCUGUGUUACGAAGAACUGGCUGUCUGCUGAUACGAAAGAAGAGCGUAACCUCUGGAUGCAAAAGCUCAACCAAGUUCUUGUUGACCUUCGCAUGUGGCAGCCCGAUGCCUGCUACAAACCUAUUGGAAAGCUUUAAACUAUGGAAGGGAAAUAUUAAGAAAAUGCAUAUGUGAAAACCAUGUGAACUACACAAAAAAACUUGCAAUGAAAAUUUGUGGAAGGCCCUCUGGGUUGCUUAAAAUGCUUUAAAUUUGAGACAGCACAUGCCAUUAUACAGGACUAUGUUAUGCAGUAUUUUUAUUUCACUUUAAGAAUUUUUAAACUCUUCCUGGUGUUUGAGUAUGAUAGGAAGCAACUAGUUGUUUCUGAAUAUGCUAAAUAUUUAUGCAACUUCUCCCUUCUUGGAAGUCUCUUUAGCUAAGUACCCUCUCUUCUUUUCGAAACAACUAAAUUAUUGCAGGAAAUUACAAUUCUGAAAGAAAACCUAGUUUAAAAAGCAAGCUUACUAGAUAACUCAGCUCCCUAAAAGGAACAAUAGCUAUGAGUUCUUUAACAAGUAUGAUGCUGAAACGGGCACUUUUGUGUUGGAGGGAGGCUUUUUUGUAAUGAUCAGGCAUUAAAGUUACCAGUAAAUUUUGUUCUACAGCAUGCGAUACAAGUAUUUCUUGCUUGCACAGUGUCCUUUCUUGUGGUCAGAACAAGAGAUAUAUAUUCAUAGCUCUUUAUAUUAGAUUUUGUUUGCAACUUCUUAUACAAACUGGUAUGGAUAGGUGGAUGGCAUGUAUACUAUGUGGUUUACAGGUGUGGAAUUAUGUAUGCAGUAUAUUGCACUUUCAUAGAAAGGAAAGGUCUUGAAUAUCUUUUGCUAGGACCUCUAUAUAAAAAAGUUAGUUUUAGGGUUGUAAACAUCAGUGUUUCCUGGAACUCAUGUUUUUGUACAAGCUGGACUUCUCCUCCAUUUGAGAACCAGGAAUAUGUUGUAAAAGUCUUUGUUCCAUAAGACACUACAAAGCUGCUAUGUACCAACUAAUGCUCUGCUGGCCAUAAGUAUGGCUCUUUCUCCCCCUCAUAGACAUGUCCAUAAAUGCAGGUAAGAACUGUAUUUCAGACCAUCAUUAAAAUGGCAAAACUAUUCAGUUAAAAUCAAAUCUGCAAUUUCACAGCUUUUCACUGGGCUUAGUGAAAAACUAUCUCAUUACCUUGCUAUUGUGAAUGCAAUAGUGGAAUACUUAAAAUUGCUAUUGUUGUUAUAUAUUCACACUUGAAACACUAAAUUCUGUCAGCUAUACUGUUUUCAUCCUGCUAUUUUUGUACUAUUGCUUUUAAAUCUAGUGUUUUUUCUGAUGUCUUUAAAUAUUUCCAAAUUAUGUAUUGAGAUUUAUUUUAUUCCCUUAAAAUAAACAAUAAAACACUUCAA